UUUCACUCGACAGAUCUUGAUUAGAUCAUCUAAUUGCCUUUGGUCGUAGCGUAGAGUGCAAGAAAGUGUAUCUUGUUUGUGAGCGUUGGGUUAAGAUCUGUUCUAGAGAUGAAAUUGUAGCCUUAAGUGGGUUCACUUUGGUGCUCCAUGGACGUUCAUCUUUAAUUUAUCCGACAAGCUAAUUUAUGCCGAAAGAGGCCAUUGAUCUUGAGAUCUAUUAGGAUCUUGUUGAGAUUACUUUCGCUCGGGAAUGUAUCCCAAAAAAGAGGUAGAAUGUUUAUGUUGUAACAAAACCGUUUCAAACGCACCCGUCGUUUAUCUGUCCGCGGUAUGAACACAUCAAGGGUCGUGUGACACCGGCAAACAAAAAUAGAACGGCCUACUAUUGCCGUUGCUGCUGCUGGUUGCUGGCUCACUUCUCAAACAAGUAACAUUAGCCGCGCUUUCUUCCAAACCGUCAUGGAUCGUUUGCCGAAAAGGAAGGAGGAAACCUUAGGAAAUGGCCGAAUUUUACUACGCCCAAGGGGGAAGGGGAGUGCGCGCGUGUGCGCUUCAAUUGAUAAAACAUUGUCGCGUGUGGGUGGUGGUUUCGUGGUGUGUGUGUGUAGUUUAGCCCUUAAAUUAGCACACUUUUCCGCCGCAUGAACAGCAAAUUGCGCACACGGUUCUAUGGAGCCGGCGGUACGGUAGGACGACAGGUUAUUAUGUAAAUUUUUGCUUAACUGAUACCAAACAGUGAGUCAUUUUUUGUGUGUGUCGAUACAACUACGCACGUGUGGUGUGGUGCUGCCUCUCUUCAAGAAAUUAUGGAAGUUUUUCCGAUCGAUGGGUACGCUCUACGCUAGAAAGAGGAUGGGUCGCCUGUGUGUGUGUGUAUCGUGGGUAAACAUAUCUUCCUUGCUUUAAUGGCCAUUUUUACGGCUGAAUGGUCGGCGUCGGAGUGGUUGGAGGUUGGAUGAAAAUGAUACGCCAACGCGCUCGUGCCGGUAUUGUGCCAUGAUUGCGGCGGCCUAGUCAAGUGUAUCUAUUUCUAUGGCGUGUACACAAGCGAGUCUACUAGUGACGAGUCUCUGCUGUAGGUGAAUUAAUUAACAAAAGACAUCCACCGUAAUGUGGUGCAGGGGGGAGAAUAGAAAGCAAAAAUAAAGGCGAACGGCCCAUCCUACUAUCCUUAAAUCUUCUCAUCAGAUUAAGGUCAGGCCUUUGGCUUUGGGAGGGCUUUAAGAUGUCGCUUUAAUUUAACCUCUUGUACACGAGACCAACUGCAACACAAAUAGGGGUCAAGAGGUGAUAAUAUUUCGGACUUGUCACUUCGAAACCGGCAAGACACCCGUAUGGGUGUUCACGUGCCUGCACUUUAAAGGUUUCACGGACCACACGCAUUAAAUGUGCUUAAAUUAUUAACAACCCAAAAGCAUACACGAGGAACGUUAAUAAUGUGUGCCUAAUCACGAUCGGCUUUUAAAAUGCUUUUGUGUUUGUGAUGCACUGUUGGAGGGCUUAAAUCUGGCAGGCACUGUAUUGUUCACGGCUGAGAUUUUCAACUGCAAAAAAUCGAUAUUUUCAGUUGUUUAAUCGUUUUUGUUCCUUCGAAAUUCAUAAAUAUGGAGCACAUUAUCUAGACUGAAAUAAUUAAAUCCCUUCAUUUUAUUGAAUUUGAAACUGCCCUCUUCAACGCAACGGCUCUGGCGAACUCACGGCAAACUCGGGGCGAAAUCGCUGCUGUCAUCGUUGCGUUUCGUUAACCUUUUUGACGAAGCUAAACGUCAGCCGUCAGCAGCCCACCCGAUUGAACGAAAGAAAUGUGUAGAAAAAUAAACAAAUACAGCACAGCACGUUCCAGACCGAGCAUAUUGUUGUUAGAAAAUAUGAGCUGUAAACAGAUAAAUUAAUAGUCGGGCGGAGCGAUGCUGUGCGAAGGCUGUGCGUAAGAAUCUGUGAACAGCGUUGUGCAACCAAGAAUCUCCAGCCAUUUGUGUGUGUCUCUGUGUGCGUGAGUGCGUGUGUUUGGUGAAACGUUCACUGCUGCUUGCUCUCUCGCAGUCCACACGCAAACCAUGUCACUGCGGAAUGGGGGUCACGUUCGCUGGGCAUUUGACCUCGCGGGCUGGCGACCCAGUUUGGCGGAUCUGCUGCUAGCGACGUCCUGCAUACAGCCGGAGGAAAAGCUCACCCUGCAGCGGUUCGUGUUCCGGGACGAUUUCAAUGCGUCCCUCAUCGGGCGGCUCAUGAUGCGCCGGUUCGUCCAGCUGGCCACCGAUCUGGCGUACGACGAGAUCAAGUUCGAGCGCGAUUCGAAAGGCAAACCGUUCCUGAAGAAUGAGGGUGUGGCGGUCGACUUUAACGUUUCGCACCAGGGCCGAUACGCGGUGCUGGCCGGCAUGGCUACGAAGCGGCUGGAGGAUACCACCUCCACCACCACCACCAGUCCGACGCCCAAGAUAGGCGUGGACGUGAUGAAGAUCGAGUACGGUGGGGGCAAACCGCUGGACGAGUUUUUCCGCCUGAUGACGCGCAACUUCUCCGACGACGAGUGGCGCUACAUACGCGGCCGCGAUGACGCCAGCGCGCAGCUGGAAGCGUUCAUGCGCAACUGGUGCCUGAAGGAGAGCUACGUGAAGAACGUGGGCGUGGGCAUUACGGUCGAUCUGAGGAAGAUUAGCUUCCGCAUCCAGACGGAGGUGCUGGCACGGGACCGGGUCGUGUGCGAUACGACGCUGCGCGUCAACUCGGAACCGAUGGGCAAUUGGCGCUUCGAGGAGUCGCUGAUCGAUCGGGACCAUUGCGUGGCGGUGUCGCUGGAGAACGUGCCGGCGGAGCAGGAUCUGAGUGGCAACUGUUUUGAGGUGAUUGAUUUCCGGACGCUUGUGGAGCAUCACAGACCACUGCUAGCGAUCGAUGAGAACUAUUGCGAGGGUAUUAUUAGCAAGGAGUAUAAGAAGUCCAAGUGAGGGAAGAGGGGUAGGGAAGACGAUGAUUUUUUAUUAGCAAACGGUGAAGGGUAACACAGGGUAACGUAGAAGAGAGAGAGAGAGACAGGUAUUUUGUCGAUAUAAGCUCGAAGUUAAACAUUUUCUGGCCAUUUACUCUGCUAGGUUAAUGUAGGGCAAUUUGUUUUUUUGAUGGUAUAAGAAAAAUACACGAAUUUAGUCUGUAAGUAACGAAAGGUAAACGAACUUUCUUCCUUGCCUUGGCGACGGUGACGACUACGGUUGACCCAGAAAGAAAUGUUUGCUGCAAGUUAGGACAGGAUGGAAUUCUGGCAAUAAAUUUCACCAGUCGUGACUUGGUUGUUGGCUGUCAGUAACAGGCACGCAAGGAAACG